AUGCGAAGCCCCAGAGAACCGAACGAAGAAGCGAACAUCCUGCCCGGUCCUGAGCGUGACACAAUGUUCAUCUUUUGCUCCGUCCACAGUAACCCCUUCCCGGAGGCCACUUCACCUCUGUCGCGGAUUGGGCGAUACGCGCUUGCCUCCGUGCUCUUCAUCACCGAGUUGACGUUGCUGAUGGGCGUGCCAGCGACGACAGGCUUUCUGGCAUGGUCUACUCGAAACCAGCUCUGGCCGGCUCUGAACGAUGCGGGGCUGGGGAAGGAAGCAGAGGAGGUCCUGGGCUACCUCGUCUUUGACACGAUAUUUCUUGGUUUGCUGAUCUGGGGUGCUGUGCCCGUUCUUACGGUGAGCAGAAUGGGUGGCAAUAGAGGAAGGGUGCUCACGUAUGCGGCGUUCGGCGGGAUGACGGUGGUGUUUGUCGGCGUCUCGAUUCGUACGAUGUACUUGACCUGGAACUGGGCAGUGCUUUUCGAGCUGGCGACCGGCGAUGCGAGUCUGGCGGGACGAUGCAAGUUCAUCUCCCUCACGUUGGGUGUCCUGCUAUGUUUGGGUUGCGCGUCGGCCGUCAUCUACUCACUCUAUACGGCAAAACUCGGUACGCCCUCGGUCAUUCGGCAGAUGCUGGAUGAUGCUGCGCACUUGCUUUGUCCCGAUAAGAUGCGAGUCAGGAGGGUAGCCGACGGAGAUGAUGAGGAGAGCAUGAGCAAGAGCGCCGGUGUCCAACUAUCGCGUAGUCCGUAG